AUGGAAACUAAAAGAGAGGGAGUUUUAAAAAGAACACUGUCAAAGAACGUGCUUGGGAAACAAGACACGGAACCUCAUGUGUUACGCAAAACUGUAGAUAACGACAGGGAGAAACAAGAGAAAAUCUCGGAAAAUGCUAGUACAACAUCCAAAAUGGUAACAGGAAUAAUGGAUCAAGAAACGCUGGAUAGAAUAUGCAACAGGUAUAAUAGAAAAGACAAAUUAGUUGUUCAACAUUGUGAGUCGAUUUGCAAAGAAAUACAAAGGAGAUACCCCGAAUAUGUUAUUCACGUGUAUGCUGCAUACAAAAAGGAAAAUGAGCGAAAAAUCGUUUUUGUCGUAACUGUGAUGUGGGAUUUUGAUCUGAAAGAGAAUGACAUAGGAUACAGAAUGAUCAAAAGAAAUUACGGUGAUAUAAGUACAGAAGGGAUCGACAUAAGUACUAGCAAAGAGGAGAAGGAACUGAUGAUAAGUGCCGAGGAACACAAAAAACUAAGUCUAUGUAUAUCAAAAUACUCAGACAAACUAAUGGACCACCACAGAUAUCUAAAUGUAAUAUCUGGAAGUUUUGUGAGGUCAAAAAACUAUAAACCAAGCUCGCUCUGUUUAACCAAAGAAAGCUGUAUGGCCUUAUAUGUGUAUGUUAAAGGUUUUAUACCCAUAGAAGAGGAUGCAUUUCAAACAACAUAUGACGGUGUUUCAGUCGAUAUAAGAGAAGGGUUAUUUUUUCCUUACGGAAUGGCGACAGAGUAUCAUGAGAAUAUAAAAAUGGGGUGUAUGAUUACAAGACAUACAGGAAUGUCUACUAAUCUUGGAGGGACUCUUGGAGGAUUCAUUGACCAUCCGUUGUAUGGACUAUGUUGUAUAACAUGUGCACAUGCAAUGAUGCGGCCUGAGGAAAUGAAAUUCUGUGUUGAAAAUAAAGGGGAAAUAGCCUCGCCACAUGUCUAUUCUAGUGAUAUAGUAAACCAGCCGAAGUGUGUAGCUUAUCAACAUAAUAAGAUAGGACGCGUUGUACAAGCUAUCUACAAAGAAGGUAACCAUUCUGAAGCAGGUGUAGAAGUAGCUCUCAUUCAAAUAGAAGAUAGACCACCAGUAUCGGGUGAAUUCCCAGAGACUACAAUUAAUGGUAUGACAAUAUUCGUUAUAGAAUGA